AAAAAAAACAUCAGUCUCCUCGCUUUGACAGAAACAGGCCACAGAAGCGAGAAAGAGAGCAAUGGAGGCAUCAUCGGGUGAAUACACACUACCCCCAUCAACUUACUCGAGCGAAGAUAUAAUCUUCUGCAUAGACACACACAAUGAAUGCCUCAGAGAAAUGAAAGCCAAAGGUGCUGAGGGCCAAGCUUUCACCAGACUGGAUGCAAUUAAGCAAUCAAUUCUUCUUUUCAUCACUUCUAAGCUCACCAUCAAUUCUGACCACAGAUUCGCCUUUUGUGCUCUUGGGAAUUCCCCUUUCUGGCUACAGAAAGAAUUCAGCAACACACCUGAGUCUGCAUUAGCAUCAUUCCGGAAGAUCACACCACAUUCCUCUUCUGAUCAGGCGGAUCUCACUCAGCUAUUUAGGGCAGCUGCACAUGAAGCAAAGAGAUCACGUGCACAAAAUCGUAUCCUUAGGCUGAUCCUGAUCUAUUGCAGAUCAUCAGUGCCACCUCACCAUAAAUGGCCAGCAACUCAGAAACUAUUUACUCUGGAUGCCAUGUACCUUCAUGACAAGCCUGGAGCUGAAAACUGUCCCCAAAAGGUGUAUGAUGCUCUGGUGGACACCAUUGAAGAAGUCAGUGAAUAUGAAGGCUAUGUCUUUGAAAGUGGUGAAGGGUUGCCACGUAUACUCUUCCGCAACAUGUGUGUGCUGUUAUCGCACCCCCAGCAACGUUGCAUUCAGGAUGAUAUCGACAUACCCAAGUCUCUUCCAAAAAAGUCUGCAGCAGUUGAAAUAACUGCAGGUGGUGAAAAUGUUCCAUCGUCUAGCCAAGAGUUAAGUGGCGCCCAAGAAGAGCAUAAUGAAGCUGAUAGGAGGGGGGUUGGAUCUUAUCUGGAGAUGGCAAAGGAAGUGGCUGCUGAAGCAUUUGAGGAAGGCUAUGCUGCCUGUCUAAGGAAACUCGCCGAGGCAGGAGCUAAUUUUUCUGGGUGAUCCUUUGUGAAUUAUUUUGCUGGACUCGAGGAGGAGGCUUUUAAGGGGGCCAAUCCCUCAGAUUCUGCAAUUCCUGGCUUCCAGCUUAGUGGCUUCAACCAUCUCUAAACUUUACCCGCGCCCCCUUCAUUUGUGUCGAUACUUGUCUAAUAUUGGAGCUGAUGAGAUGAGGCCGAAGUACUUUUCUGGUUUUAUGCUCGAGUUGUGCAUACAUGUCGCAUGUGUGUGUUAUUUUGACCAUGUGCCUCAGAGGAAAUGGCAGGGAACAACUCAUGCCAUUUUAAAAAGAUGAGCAGCACUGCCGCAUCAUCAAUGGUCUUUAACUCAGAAACUUAUUACUUUAGAUGUUAUGUACCUCCAUGACAAACCUGGAUCUGGAAUCUGUCGUCAGAACUCAGAAGGUGUAUGAUGCACUGUGGAUGCCGUUGAACAAUUCAGUGAACACGAGGGCUGCAUCUUGGAAAUUGUGGCCAAGGGUUUCCACAUAUACUCCUCCGUCACAUGGGUGUGCUAUAUUGCACCUCUAGCAACUUUGCAUUCAAGAUGAUAUCGCUGUUGAUAUUACUACAUGUGGUGAAAGUGAAACUGUUCCAGUUUCAAGCCAAUGAGGGGUGCUGAGAAAGAGCAGGCCCGUCUUCAUAAUGUAGCUGAUCUUGAGCUGGAAAUUGCCAAUUGCGAGGCUACUGAUGAUUUGAGGCGGCUGCUUUGCCUAUAGUAGGGCAAAGGUUCUUACUCAGAGAAUCCACGAGAAAGCGCCAUUCUUCUUGGCGCGCCAUUAGCGAAGAUGUUUUUACUGCCUUGAACGAAAUGGCAGUUGUCCAGAUCAGAUGUGUCUCACAAAUGCUUUGCUUUGAUUCUUUAAAGUUUUAACCAUCUGUUUGUAAUGUUAAACUUCUCAUACCACUUUAUAUCCCUUACUACUUUAAUUCAAGUUCUGAAACGUACCUUUGUGAUAAUCAGCUAGAAUUGAUCUAAUUUUCUCAUUAAUUCCAUCAAAUAAUUUUACAA